AUGGGCGAACAAGAGAAGAAAAUCAACAUCCUAUGUUUAGGACCAAAAGGUUCUGGGAAAACAACAUUACUGAAAAAACUGCAAAACGCAGAAGGUGUUGACUAUACAUACAGUCCCGUACCGACGAUCGGAACCAAUAUUUACGAUAUUAAUUACUUGAACAAGAAUGGGAAGAAGCAGGCUGUGUCCAUACGAGAGGUGGGAGGGGAAAUGGCGCCUCUUUGGGGAAAUUAUUUGGUUGGAGUGGAAAAGAUAAUUUUCGUAGUGGACACUUCCAAUUUAUGUCAGAUAUCUGCAGCAGCCGUUAUGCUCUACACGCUUUUAGCCGAUCCAAGGCUCGUUAACACGAAAUUUAUUCUAGUUUUGAGCAAAAUGGACGCAGCGUACAGGCAAAUGAGGAACGAAGCAUUGCUUAUGCUGCAGUUUGCCCGCCUCAGCAGCGAGCUGAAGAACGCCCCGGUGUUGCUCGAAGCUAGCCCGCUGCAGGGCGAAGGAAUGGACGCCUUGAAAGCCUGCGUCGCCGAGGCCAAACCCAAUACUAAGCUGACAAUGAUGCACCAAGUACAGUAAAGUGUAUUUGAACUUUUUUUCACUAAAAAUAUUCGAAUAUCCAUUUACUUCAUGAUAUUUUCAUUGUAAGUGCACUAAUUACCAUUGCUAUUAGCAAUUAUUACUGUUCACAAUCAUUGCUAUUUUAUAACAUUAGGCGUUGUUUAAAAUUGAAUAAAUAAUUCU